GAUUCCUUCAUUCCUUCAUACUCAGGAAAUGAGGUAAUACCUGAGAAUUAGUUAUGCGCGAAGGAAAGGAGACGAAAAAAUAUUGAAAAUUUCAAGUUGCCCUAACAAAGGAAACGAAUCCCUGGAUGAGGUGAAGGAUGAGGGCAUUUGUAGUUUUACUUUUGGCUGGAUAUGCUAUGUUAUGCCAGUCAGGAUCCAUAAAGAGAAUUAAAAGAGGAUACCUCUCGAGGACUGGUUUGUGUGUUAAGCCUGAGGCCAACUUUAAAAUAAAAGACCCUCGGCUGAAUUUUUGGGGCGUGGCAUAUGUGCUGCCAGAUGACGCUAACCCCAAAUGCACUGAGUCUGAGUGUUCGGAAGACAGUCACUGUGACGCUGACCGGAAGUGCUGUAGGAACUACUGUGGAGGCAUGGUGUGCACACCUACAAUGCGAGAUCCAGACCCGUGCAAGCAAUUCAAGUGUCCUGUCGGUCAAACAUGCAAGGUUCAGUACGUUCCAUGCGUGAUGCCCAAAUGCAAAGACGCCAUCGCCGUCAACAGACCAACAUGUAUUAAGGAUCCAUCAGCGGCCGCACCUCCUCCAGCAAUGCCUCCGGCAGCACCAGCGAUCCCGGCCCAAGGAGCCUAUGGAUCUCCUAUGGCCCAGCAACCGCUGGCAUACCAACCGCAGCCACAGGCACCUCAAGCGUCUUUCAUGCAGCCACCAAUGGCGCCCAUGACAGCAGCCAUGCCACCGGCCAUGCCACCGGGAAUGCCACCUAUGGGUGCAUUUCAAAACGACGAACUUGGUAAUGAAGCCGGUUUAUUACCCGGUUUAGCAGGAAAUCAACCUGGUAUGGAAACUGGUCUUAGCGAUGCUUCCUUGAUUAACGCCCUCCAAAAUGAAAAUCAGGGGCCGGGGCUUCAAAACGAUAAACUACCACCAAGCGAACAGAGUAAUUUUUUUCCACCGCCACUAGCAUAUGAACAGCAGCAACCCUUAGCAGAUGCGCCGGCGAGCGAACCUCCAGCGGCUAAUCCCGUGAUCGCACCGCAACCUGGCUGGGAAAGAAGUUCAAGAGUUCACUAAGUGCGUCAUGUACGAGCACUUGACAAUUGACUGUCGAAAGGGCCUCUGAAUGGAACGCCCGUGUAAAACUGCGACACUACUCAGAGAGGAAAUGUUUUGUACACACCUUCUUCAGGUUCUUCUCCAGCAGUAUGCAUUCUCUAACAGUAAUAUAGACAUUUAGAGCAUAAUAAACGAAUGGCUAAAAUAAGAAAGAAAGCCAGACUAGACCUUGGAACAGGAACACUCGGAGAACCUUGACAAAAUUGUAACAUAUCUUCAGACGGUAAAUUCUCUUGUACAUACGGUUUCUAAUUUUCCGAUGUAAUAUUUGUUUAAUUUCUAUGUAUCAUGAGGUAAUGGUAGCCAGGACAAUGUGGUUGUAACUGCUCAGCGAGGAAAUAAACCAGACUGAAUUUCCA